AGAGAGAGAGAGAGAGGAAAUUUUUGCGUUACUUGUUUAUAAAUUAGACAAGCUUCUCCUCAAUAUCGUAAAAGGAAUUACAAUAAGUAAUUAUACAGAGUAUUAAAAGAUGGAUGAACAAAAUCGAACAAACAUUAAUAAAACGAUAAAAGAUUCUUACCAGCGUAGUAGCUCUAGCAAUAUUUUAAGCUUACAAAGGGAUAGUGUUCGUAGAUCAUCGAUUGCAAGCGAUAACGAUGAAACUUUUCUUGAAACUCCCAAGCGCCAGAAACUUGAUGAUUCUAGUAAUGGAACGUCGAGCCAUAAUAUUGCUGAAUCCGUACCAGGAAGUCCUUGGGAAUGGAGAAGAAUGAGAGGAGAAAUCAUUGCAUUAAAAACAAGGCUCUCUCAUCAAGAGGUUCAGCAAUUGCACAAAGUUCGUCGUGAAAUAGAAGAGAUUUUUCAAAAGGAAAAGAAAAUAUUGGAAAUACAAGUAGAUCAAGAUAAACAAAUGAUUAAGCAAUUGGAAUUACGCAUUGACGUUGGUAGACGAACUAUUCAAGAUGCUAAAGCUACGCAGAAUCAGGCUGAACGAGAGCUAAUUCAGGUGAAAAGCAAGCUGGAGCAAAAGAUUUUAGCAUUAUUAGAUGACAAUAAUAGGCUUUCGGAAGAACUUCGAGGUUAUGUUAGGAACGAAGGGAAGACGGAUGCUAAUGAAAGUAAUAAAGAUUCAGAAGAUAAAGUAGCAGAACUUAAUGAGAAACUCGAAGCUAGUAAUAAUCGAAUCUCAGAACUUGAAGAAAAACUCAAAGAAGCUAGAAGUGUUCAACAGAAGUAUGAAGUACAAUGUAUCGAAGUACAAAGUUUAAAAGUGAAACUUCAGAACUUUGAAUCAGAAAAAAUAGGAUGGGAAGAGGGGAAAAAAUUUGCUCAAAGAGCAUCUCAAGCAAACGAGUUUGAGAGAGAAUUAUAUCAAGCGAGAGAGAUAAUAAAAUCUCUGAGAGAAUCUAUUAAAGGAAAGUUACUUUUAGAAGAGCAAAUGUCAAGUAUGGAGCACAGAUUAAAGCAUACUGAAAAUCUUGAAAAAGAAGUUUCUCAAUUAGAGAUUCAGCGAGCCGAGCUUCUUUCUAAAAUUACUGAAUACGAGACAAUUGGAAUAACUGGUGGUCCUAUUGCGAUUAGACGGGAAAUAAAUCGACUUCAACACGCCGAAGCUCUGUUGACUGCUGAUGAAGGUCAGUUAAGAUCUAGGGUAGAAUCUAUCCAGAGAGAAUUAAUUAAUUACCAACAACAGUGCGAAGACACAAAAAAAUCACUAACGGAAACAACAACCUCUCAUGAAAGACUAACAAGAUUCAUAAGCAGAUUACAAAAGAAAAUGUCUCUAGACAGCUACAGACAACAACUUGAUACAUACGAAAAAGAAAUAACUGGAUAUCAAAGUGGAGAAGUUUCAAAUAUAAUAAGUGAACGAAUUCCGGCUUUGGAACGCGCUAUAGAGAGUUAUAGGGAUUUGGUUGCAAAACUUGAAUCGGAUCUUGAAGCUGUUGAUGGUGGAGGUCAGCGAGAAGAAUGUAAAAAAUUAAGAGAAGAAGUUGAAAGAUUAAGAAAUGAAUUUGAACAUCGUGCAUUAAAGGGCGAUUUUAAUAUUAAUUCAAGAAUUUUACAUUUUAAAAUGAACCCAGCAGCCAUAGCUGAACAACAGGCGGAGGAAAAACGGAAGGCAUUAUUAGAAGAAGUUGAACAACUAAGAACUAUCGUUGCUUCUGGAAGUCAUACCGGUAUUCCGACUGUUUCUUCCUUACAAAUGCAAGAACUCUCCGAGCUUCAGCAGAAACACGAACUUAAAAUUACUCGCUUAAAAGAAGCAUUUAAAGCUUCUUCGCACGAGUAUCGACAAGCUUGCUACCAAUUAUUCGGGUGGCGCGUUGACAGAACUAAAGAGAGCCAAUACAAAUUAUCAAGUCAAUAUGCUGAAUCGCCAGAUGACUACUUAUUUUUCAUCGUUAACGAGGACGGCGUUAAUAUGAUCGAAACGCCAUUUUCAGCAACCCUCACUACAUUAAUCGAGCGGCAUCUUCAACGUCAGCAUAGUGUACCAAUGUUCCUCAACGCUGUGCAAUCAGAGCUCUUUGAUCAACAAACAGUAUUAACUUAAUUUAAUGACUGACGU